UGCCCCAGCAGCCUCACGAAGUGUGGUAUCCAGCUAAAAUGGUCCAGAAGCAGCAAGCAGCUGCAACUCGGCAGCAGAAGGAACUGACCACCAUGCCUCAAGAGUGGCAUCCAGCUCAAUUUCCCCAGCAGCAGAAGCAACCAGCCCUAAUGCUUUUACCGCAGAAGGAACUGACCGCCAUACACCAGCAACCUCAGCAAGUGUGGUAUCCAGCUCAAAUGCCCCAGAAGCAUCUGGCCUCCAUGCCUCUACCACAGAAGCAACCGAUCGCCAUGCCCCAGCAAGAGUGGAAUCCAGCUCAAAUGCCCCAGCAGCAGAAACAACUGGCCACCAUGCUGCAGAAGCAACCAGCCCCAAUGCUUCAACCGCAGAAGCAACAGGCCACCAUGCCCCCGCAAGUAUGGCAUCCAGCUCAAAUGCCUCGGCAGCAAAAGCAACCAGCUACUGAACCUCAGCAGCAAAUUGAACCGACCGCCAUGCCCCAGCUACCUCAGCAAGUGUGGCAUCCAAUGCACAUUCCCCAGCAGCAACAGGAACUGGCCACCAUACCCCAGCAAGUGAGGUAUCCAGCUCAAAUGCCCCAGAAGCAUCUGGCCUCCAUGCCUCUACCACAGAAGCAACCGACCGCCAUGCCCCAGCAAGAGUGGAAUCCAGCUCAAAUGCCCCAGCAGCAGAAACAACUGGCCACCAUGCUGCAGAAGCAACCAGCCCCAAUGCUUCAACCGCAGAAGCAACAGGCCACCAUGCCCCCGCAAGUAUGGCAUCCAGCUCAAAUGCCUCGGCAGCAAAAGCAACCAGCUACUGAACCUCAGCAGCAAAUUGAACCGACCGCCAUUUCCCAGCCACCUCAACAAUUGUGGCAUCCAGAUCAAUUUCUCCAGGAGCAGAAGCAACCAUUCACUAUGCAUCUACCGCAGAAGGAACUUACCACCAAUCCACCAGAACUGUGGCAGUCCGCUCAAAUGCCCCAGCAGCAUACGCAACCGGCUGCCAUGCUUCAGCAAGUGUGGCAUCGGGCACAGAAGCAACCGGCCCCUAUGCCCCAGCAGCCUCAUGAUGUGUGGUAUCCAGCUAAAAUGGUCCAGAAGCAAGUCGCUGCGGUGACCGCCAUGCCGCAUACGCAUCAGCAAGUAUGGCAUCCAGCUGAAUUUCCCCAGAAGCAACCGGCCUCUACCGCAGGAGCAACCGACCGCCGUACCCCAGCAAGUGUGGUAUCCAGCUCAAAUGUCACGGCAGCAACUGGCCUCCAUGCCUCUACCGCAGAAGCAAAUGACCGACGUGCCUCAGCAAGAGUGGCAACCAGCUCAAAUACCGCAGAAGCAACCGGCUGCUGAACCGCAGCAUAACGAACCGGCCACCAUACCCCAGCAAGUGGGGUAUCCAGCUCAAAUGUCCCAGCAGCGGAAGCAACACACUGCCAUGCCACAGCACCAACUGACCCCCAUGCCUCAGCAAUUAUGGCAUGUAGCACAAAUGCCCCAGAAGCAACUGGCCCCAAUGUCUCAGCAGAAUCACUACGAAAGCACUGAAGAUGGUGCCUCUAGUAGCACUCAGGCCAGCAUCGUUGAACAGUCGGGUGUCAUCCCAAUCUAUUCCUACAGUUCAAAAUCGCACUACGAGAAUGGCAGGACUGUAUUCUCCCUAACCCGCUACACUCCUAGGGAGGCUAUGCCUGUUGACAGUGGAAAUGCUCCCAAGGACAGUUUUGUUCGUACUGGUGCACCAAGCGUAUAUCCAUCACUAGUGAAGGAUUCUGCAAGGAAAAUGUAAUGGAUUCAUCCUCUAGAAGCUAAUGGAAGUGUCUGGUGCUCUUGCUACUCUAGCAUGAGGGAGUACAUGAACAGUUCUAAUUUCAAAAAUGCCUGGUGUCUUUGAAAUAAUGGUUCUCGUGUCCAUUGCUUGCUAAUUGAGAACAGGUGGUGUGCAGUCUGUAGUAAAAAUGACUGUUCAGUUAAUUCUUUGGUUUUCUAAUCUUUUACCUUUGCUACUUGUUGUUCAAAAUAAAAGCUUGGGUCUACA